AGGGCCGCCCCAAACUAACAGUAGAAGAAGAGUCUUCGAUUCUUCCCUUUCCUCGGAGUCAUCAUCGUCCUCCGGCCUUCUCCCUCCUCUUUCCCACCGAGUCAUUCAACCCCCAAAAUGACUCUCGAGGAUGGCGAGUACCGCCUUACCUGCGUUCUCAGGGCUCAUGAAGACGACGUCCGUCGGAUUUGUGUAUGUGGGGAUUCCGGGAUCGCGACCUCGUCCAGGGACAAGACGGUGAGGUUCUGGGUGCCGGACCCAGAGAAGAAGCAUGGUUAUGUGCUGUCGAAGACCCUGGCUGGGCAUACCAGCUUCGUGGGCCCACUGGCGUGGAUUCCUCCCGGGGGUCAGUUCCCCGAGGGUGGAAUCGUGUCAGGCGGGAUGGAUACGCUCGUGCUGCUCUGGGACUUGGCUAGGGGAGAGAUCACGGAAAGGAUGACCGGACAUCAGUUUCAGGUCACUGGGCUCGCUGUAGACGACAACGGGGACAUAAUCUCAUCAUCCAUCGAUUGUACAAUACGGAGGUGGAGAAAAGGCCAUGCCGUUGAGUUUUGGGAAGCUCACAAGGUGGCUGUUCAAGCAGUUUUGAAGCUUUCCACUGGUGAAUUCGUUACUGGUUCCAGUGAUUCAACCCUUAAACUUUGGAGAGGACGGACUUGUUUGCAUACUUUUGUGGGUCAUGCAGAUACUGUUCGUGGUCUAGCUUUGAUGCCUGGAUAUGGGAUCCUUUCUGCAUCACAUGAUGGCACCAUCAAGUUAUGGGCUUUGACUGGUCAAAUUUUGAUGGAGAUGAUCGGUCAUACUUCUCUGGUAUAUUCCGUUGAUGCCCAUUCGUCUGGAAUUGUUGCUAGUGGAAGUGAAGACUGUUUCCUCAAGAUAUGGAGAGAUGGGACGUGUAUACAAAGCAUUGAACACCCAGGAUGUGUUUGGGAUGUCAAAUUCUUGAAAAAUGGAGAUAUUGUCACAGCAUGUUCUGAUGGAACUGUGAGAAUAUGGACAUUACGUAGUGAUAGCAUUUGUGACCCACUGGAGCUUGAAGCUUUUGGAUUGGAAAUUUCUCAAUAUAAAACAAGCAGGAAGAAAGUUGGUGGUUAUAAUUUGAUGGAUCUUCCUGGUUUGGAGGCUUUGCAAGUUCCAGGCACAAAGGACGGGCAGACAAAAGUUAUCAGAGAAGGUGAUAAUGGUGUUGCUUAUUCUUGGAAUUCAAAGGAGUAUAAGUGGGACAAGAUUGGUGAAAUCGUUGAUGGACCUGGAGAGGGCGCAUCUAAUCAGGUUCUUGAUGGUACACAUUAUGAUUAUGUCUUUGAUGUCGAUAUUGGGGAUGGUGAGCCAAUUCGUAAAUUACCAUACAAUAGAACAGAUAACCCUUACACAGUUGCUGACAAGUGGCUUCUCCAAGAAAGUCUGCCUCUUUCAUAUCGCCAACAAAUUGUUGAUUUUAUACUUCAAAACUCUGGGCAAAGAGACUUUUCUUUUGACCCAUCUUUUCGGGAUCCGUAUACUGGGUCAAAUGCAUAUGUACCUGGAGAACCAUCCAUUUCACAAGGCGUCGGAACGGCACCAUCUUUCAAGCAUAUUCCAAAGGUAGGAAUGCUUUUCUUUGAUUCUGCACAGUUGGACGGAAUUCUAAAGAAGAUCACAGAAUUCAAUUCAGCGCUUGCGACUGAUGUGGAGAAAUCACUGUCGCUCUCGGAGCUUGAGUUGUCAAGGCUGGCAGCUAUUGUGAAAGUUUUAAAAGAUACAUCACACUAUCAUUGCAGUUCCUUUGCAGAUGUUGAUAUUCUAUUAUUGUUGAAAUUGUUGAAGUCAUGGCCAAUUCCAAUGUUAUUUCCUGUAAUAGAUAUUCUGCGGAUGAUUGUCUUGCAUCCAGAUGGAGCUAGUUUGCUUCACAAGCACAUGGAAAGUGGGAAUGAUGUACUAAUGGAGAUAUUAGUUAAAGCUACGACGGCUCCUCCACAGACGGCAAAUCUUUUAACAGUUGUUCGAGCAAUUACAAACCUCUUCAAGCAUUCAUGCUUUUCAAAUUGGUUACAAUCUCACUACAGUGAGGUUCUGGACACCUUAUCAAGUUGCAGGUCAUUCUUUAACAAGAAUGCACAUCUUUGUUAUGCCACAUUGAUAUUGAAUUAUGCUGUGCUUUUGAUUGAAGCAAAGGACAAAGAAGGCCAAGCUCAAGUUCUCUCUGCUGCUCUCGAAAUUGCGGAAGAUGGAAACCAAGAUGUAGAUGGAAGAUUUCGAGCACUUGUUGCUGUUGGCACACUUAUGCUAAAGGGCGUUGUGAAGUCGAUUGCAAUAGACUUUGAUGUAGUCAACAUAGCCAAAGAUGCAAAAGGGUCGAAGGAAUCAAAGGUAGCAGAAGUAGGAGCCGACAUUGAGCUGGUAAUCAACAACAAUUGUUAAGUUUGGUGCUGUUGUUAGCAAAUAGCCACUCAUCAAUUACAUCUCUCUGCAAGCGAAAGUCUUAACUGGCACUCCUCAGAUUGUUAAGUUUGGUACCGUUGGGUGCAUCUGAGACUCAGUAGGAAAAAGCGGCAAGUGGUUUCUCAUCCAAUUUUCGAUUUGAACAGUUGACAUAUUUGGCAUUCAUGUACCACCGGGUUUUUUUUUGAAGGAAGUCUUGUGUUUUAUUUCAUAUUGAAGGUGGGGAUUAGAUUGAGGGAGCCCUCUUUGAUUGGAGGGAGGUGGUAUAACAUUUAUCUUAUUUAGUUGUUUAUUUUUUUUGUGCUGAA